UAGAUUUCGAUCAUGAAAGCGGUGUAGAUGUGGCGCCGCGGAGGAGCAGUCUGCUCUCCAUAACAACAUUUUACAGCGUUCGUUAUACCUCAAGUAAAGGUAAAAGAGGAACGAGGAGAAAGGAGUUUUACAUUGUUCUCGUGUACCACAAUGAAGGCAGCUAGAAGCAACAUGUUGGGUGCUGGAAUAUCCAACAACAAGGUCAAGUAUUCACGGCUGGCAGCUGAUGACGAUGGUUACAUAGACUUACAGUUCAAGAGAAGCCCGCCAAAGGUCCCAUACAAGGCAAUUGCACUGGCAAUAUUCCUGUUUUUGAUUGGCUCCCUCCUGAUAAUCUUCGGGGCUCUUCUUCUGUCAGGAACCAUAAAGGUCGAGCAUCCAGGCCGCACCAUUCCUGUCAUCAUCAUAGGGCUACUUGUUUUCCUUCCUGGAUUUUAUCAUUUGAGAAUCGCCUACUACGCCGCCAAGGGUUACCGGGGCUACUCCUACGACGACAUCCCAGAUUUUGGCGACUGAGCCAUAUGACAGCUGCUGAUUGGCGGAGAAUCCCCUCCUUUUGCCACACUGUAUCCUGAGACUGUCGCCUGCUGUUUACUUUGAGUUUCUGAACAUAUGUAAGAAAUACGGCAAAACUUUUAUCCCUGUCCUGCCAUGGAGACUCGUGUUUGUUCACAGGUGCAGGAUUUGAACUGUUUUGCACAUGUUUUUCUAUAAUUCUGUGUUUAUUGGCUGCUCUCUGAUGUAUUAUUCUCCACACAAAAGCUUGACAAAGCUUCGAGGCUUUUUUACAGUAUAUAUUCAAGAACACGAACACUCGCCAGACCAGCUGCUUGCGUGCAACAGGACAACAACGUGUUGCUGAUGUACAAUACUCAGCACUCAUUCAAGCCGUGAUAACACAGCAUUUUUUAGAGUACACAGAUGCCUUUAACUUAACUACUGCUUGAAGGUCCGUGACCGGGAUGACUGGGGAUCUUAGUGUUCUUCACACAGCUGCACUGCUGUGUAUCUUAAACCAAUAUUUCUUUGUGACUAUAGCCUGUAUGAUAUCAUGAAAAGCUCAGGGGGGCUAUAUUUCUCCUGAAGUAUUAUAUUUUAUCCAAAGAUAGAUGAAUACUUUGUUGAAGAAAAGUAUAUUUUUGAAUGGGAAUGUAUUACUUUCUGUCUGAAGUACUGCUGUUUGUGCAUAUUCAUUUAGCUUUGAAUAUCAAAGAAAGAUGUUUUUUGUACAUACAUUUGCUUGAUUUAUGAAAUAAAAGUAGAAAUCUGGAAACUGAAGUGUCAUAAUUGUGAUCCUGAUGGUGAGUCCUUUUUGAGAUGAGAAUGUGAUGUUAGGCGGUGGAGAUAAAUGGUGAAUUAAACAUUUACACAACAAAAAAACAAAACCAAAAGUUGAUGAAUAGAAACAUGCAAAAGUACAUAGAAAUAA